AUGAAAGCAGCUCUCCAGGAAUUCAACAUUGUCAUAGAUCACAAAAGCUCAAAUGAUAUCAAGAUAGUUCCAUCGUUGAUACCGAGCUUCUGGGAUUCACUUGAACCUCAACAGCCUGGAAUAGACACGUCUAAAGCUAGCUUGGCACUCCUCGCCGACGUUGAAGACAUUUAUCUUCCCUAUGACGUCCAAUACCAGCUUGAAGCGUGCAUCUCUCAGGGUAUCUUCAACGAGGUUAACAUUACUACCGAGUUUCUCCGAAGGCUAGCAAACCUCUCGAGAGGUCGAACUCGACGUCGGGAUAGGGCAAAAGACCUCUUGACGUAUACAUUACAGUCUCGCGUCGAAAACCGCGUUGAGAGCAGGGACAAGCUUGAUGAGAAGAGAAUAUACGAUCCGAUGUCGCUUUUUGAAGACAAAACAGCGAUGAGCCACUACCCGGAGAUUUCACUCCCAGGACACUGCAUAUGGGUAAGAAAAGUAGUGGUCACACCUACAACAAUGUAUCUUAGUAGCCCAGCACCAGAGCCAUCAAACCGCGUUCUGCGUCAGUAUACCAACUACGAAGACCGGUUUAUACGUGUUCAAUUCACAGAUGAGCUCAUCAAGGGUCGUAUUUACUCUGAUCCCGAUACUACGCGAGACAAUGCUCUAUUCAAUCGAGUACAUCGAGCAUUGCAGAACGGUAUACGGAUUGGCGGCCGUCAUUUUCAGUAUCUUGCCACUGGGAACUCUCAAUUUCGAGAGCACGGCGCCUACUUCUUCUGCCCGACAGACUUUUUAACCUGCGAUAAUAUCCGGAACUGGAUGGGCGAUGUUAAUCACAUUCGAGUUGUAGCUAAGUAUGCCUCCCGGCUUGGACAAUGCUUCUCGACAACGAGGAUACCUAAAGCAUCGCCAAUCGGCCAAGCAAUUGUACACAUUGAUGACAUUGAGCAUGACGGCUGGUGCUUCACCGAUGGAGUUGGGAAAAUAGCGUUUAGCCGUGCCAAGUUCCUCAUGCAGAAUCUUGACAUGACCAGGACCGCAAAAACUCUCCCGUCCGCUUUCCAGUUUAGGCUCGGGGGUAGUAAGGGGAUUCUAGUGCAAUGGCCCGAUGUGCCUUUCAACGAGGUUCACCUACGACCAUCGCAGAAUAAGUUCAACGCAGUUUCAAAGGGCCUCGAGAUUAUCAAGACAUCUAGGUUUUCUAUCGCAUCCUUAAAUCGGCAGACUAUUACUAUUCUAAGCUGUCUUGGCGUGCCAGAUGAGGCUUUUGAGGAGAUGAUGAAGAAGCAGAUCGCCGACUACGAGCGUGCAAUGACUGAUGCCGAAUUUGCUAUGCAAUUACUUAGCAAAUACGUUGAUCAGAAUGGUAUAACCACAAUAAUGGCACAAAUGAUUGCAGACGGGUUCAUGGAAACUAAAGAACCCUUUUUCAUGAUCCUGCUACACAUUUGGCGAGCCUGGUCGAUGAGAUUACUUCGCGAGAAGGCUCGUAUUAUGGUCGAUAAGGGCGCAUUUGUUUUUGGCUGCGCAGAUGAGACUCGUACGUUGCGAGGUCAUUCAGAUGCAACCGAUUUUAGCCAGAGCAAAGACCGGAAUACCUUGCCACAGAUCUUCUUGCAAGUACCCAAGACGGGUGUGAGGACAGGAGAGCAAGGUGAAUACACCGUUAUAACUGGAAUAUGCGUGCUCGGGCGGAACCCAUCGCUCCAUCCUGGAGAUAUUCGAGUAGUGGAGGCCGUAGACGUUCCGGCAUUAAGACACCUCCACGACGUCGUUGUAUUCCCCACGGUUGGAGAUCGCGAUAUUCCCUCUAUGUGUUCCGGGGGAGAUCUCGACGGGGACGAUUACUUUGUGAUAUGGGAUCCUCGGCUUAUACCUACGGAGUGGAAUCACCCCCCUAUGAAACAAGAAAAUCUCAAGCCAAAAGAACUCGAUCGUGACGUAAAACUAACAGAUCUCAUUUCAUUUUUCGUCAGCUACAUGAAGAAUGACUCGCUUAGUACCAUUGCCCACGCCCAUUUGGCCAAGUGUGAUUCAUUGACCGAUGGUCCCAAGGACCCGCAGUGCAUCGAGUUGGCACGCUUACAUUCCAAUGCCGUCGACUACCCAAAGACUGGACAGAAAGCUUACCUGGAAGCGUCGUUACGACCCAAAAACUAUCCGCACUUUAUGGAGAAAGCACCAAGCAGAACAUAUCGUUCGACAAAGAUUCUUGGUCGACUAUACGACCAAGUGGCGCAGAUUGAAUUCAACCCGGAGUUGGACGGCACAUUCGACCAGAGAAUUCUUCGUAGAUACUCGCUAAAAUACGAGCUAUUAAAAACAGUAAGGAUGAUAAAGAGACAACAUGAUAAGGCCAUGCGACAGAUCAUGAAUCAGCAUGACAUUGAAACUGAAUUUGAAGCCUGGUCAACAUUUAUGAUGUCCAAACCCCGACUUGGAGGCGAAUACAAGCGGCAAGAGAAUAUGGAACCAGUAAUGACGAGCCAUAGAGAACGCUUCAGAGAUGCUUGCAUCAAGCUGGCGGGAUCUAGAGAUCCUGACGCCUUAUAUCCCGUGGUAGCAGCUACCUACCGCGUCACGUGGGAAGAAGUGCAGAUCGCACUAAGGCGAGUGCCAGCAGCCGUCGGAGAGACAGAAUCAAGGAUGUAUUCGAUGCCGUUGAUUAGUUUCCCGUGGGUUUUUGAGUACGAGCUAGGUCGAAUAGCCAUGGCGAAGGACAAAUUCGAAUUAGAGGAGGUACCCAAGCCGACAACAGCACUAUUAGAUGAUGACUACACAGACGACGAUGACGAGUUUAAGCGAAUCAUUGGCGCCAGUAUCAGUGGCUCGGACGAAACGGAUGACGUUGAAGGCCUAUAUACUGGUCAAAGCAUUCAAGCGACCCAAGUCGCAGAAGUGGUCGAGGAACAAUCCACUACCCACGAGGAACUAGUGGAGCUGGAAGAGGACGAAGAUACGGGUAUGGAUGCUCUGGCUAAACUGACUGACUAG